CUUGGGGGCUUUUUAAAACAGCGCCACUAGGGUCUUCUCCAUGCGGCUCGGGCUAUGACAGCCUCCGUGCUCCUCCACCCCCGCUGGAUCGAGCCCACCGUCAUGUUCCUCUACGACAACGGCGGCGGCCUGGUGGCAGACGAGCUCAACAAAAACAUGGAAGGGGCGGCGGCGGCGGCGGCGGCGGCGGCGGCGGCGGCGGCCGGGGCGGGGGCGGGCUUCCACCACCCGGCCGCCGCCCACGCGGGGAACUUCUCCGUGGCGGCGGCGGCGGCGGCGGCGGUGCGGCCGCGGCCAACCAGUGCUCGGAACCUGAUGGCGCACCCGGCGCCCCUGGCCCGAGCGGCGGCCGCCUACAGCGCCCUGGGGAGGCACCCGUCCGCGGCCGUGCGGGCUGCCGCGGCUGCCGCUGCCGCCUGCGCGGCCGCGUCCUCCUCUUCGUCGUCCUCGGGCGGCCCCGGGCGCGGGGCGGCGGGCGCCGAGCCGGUCAAGCAGUGCAGCCCCUGCUCGGCGGCGGCUCAGAGCUCGUCGGGCGCCGCCCUGCCCUACGGCUACUUCGGCAGCGGUUACUACCCGUGCGCCCGCAUGGGCCACCACCCCAACGCGCUCAAGUCGUGCGCCGCGGCGGCACAGCCGGCCUCGGCCGCCGCCGCCGCCGCCGCCGCCGCCUUCGCUGACAAGUACAUGGACACGGCGGCCGGUCCCGCCGCGGCGGCCGCGGAGGAGUUCAGCUCCCGCGCCAAGGAGUUCGCCUUCUAUCACCAGGGCUACGCCGCCGGGCCCUACCACCAUCACCAGCCCGUGCCCGGUUACCUGGAUAUGCCCGUGGUGCCGGGCCUCGGGGGCCCCGGCGAGCCCCGCCACGAGCCGCUGGGGCUGCCCAUGGAGAGCUACCAGCCCUGGGCUCUGCCCAACGGCUGGAAUGGCCAGGUGUACUGCCCCAAAGAGCAAGGCCAGCCUCCCCACCUCUGGAAGUCCACUCUGCCCGAUGUUGUCUCACACCCGUCGGACGCGAACUCCUACCGAAGGGGAAGAAAGAAACGGGUGCCUUAUACCAAGGUCCAACUAAAAGAACUCGAAAGGGAAUACGCUACAAAUAAAUUCAUUACUAAGGACAAACGGAGGAGGAUAUCAGCCACGACGAAUCUCUCCGAGCGACAGGUCACCAUCUGGUUCCAAAACAGGAGGGUCAAAGAGAAAAAAGUCAUCAACAAACUCAAGACGACAAGUUAAUGGAUUUUUUUUUAAAUGGAGAGAAGAGGCGACUCUUCUGUGGAAAGUUGCCGAACUCGUUGCCUUGCCCACACUCAGAUAAUAAUAAUACUAAUGAAAACGAUCAGAGGAGAGACAGUGGCCCUCUUCUUUCCUAAAGAGAUAGCUGUGUCUUUGAUGGAAUCUAUAAUGGUUUUUUUUUUUUUUUUUAAAAAAACAAAAACAAAAAACCUUGCGAUAA